AAUAACUUAGGAGGGAGGGAGGGAUGGGUCAGCAAAUGUCCAUCCAUCCAUCCACGCAGACAGCCGAUCCAGACAGACAGACAUCCAGACAUCCAGACGGAGAGGGUGAGAGUCACGUCACUGCAAAUGAACGUAUCCGCCCAUCCAUCUCCAUCCAUCCAUCCAUACGAACACAUACACACAGGGGGAUUGAGGGGGGGGAGAGGGAGGGAGCCGUCUCACAUCGGUUUACAAAAGAAACUACAACCUGACCGGCCAAAACACGCCACGCCCGCACACCUCACCUCACCUCACCUCACCUCACCCACACACCUGCCCUGCGUCGCCAUUUAGUCAGUCAUUACAAACACACAUACAUACGCUCACUCAACGGACCGACCAGCAUUUCCGUCCGCUGAACACGCAAUGAGUGUCGUGGAUAGAUAGGUGAUUGACCCUCCGCCCCUGCCGGGCCCCCGACCCACACAAAGAGGCCCCAAAAAAUCGGCCACCAAACCAUGACGACGACAAGAUAACACACCCAAAACAGUCAGGCAGACAUUGACGGACCGGUCAGUCACUCCAUCAGCCAGCCAGCUAGUACUGCUGCUCAGCGAGGUACUCGGCGAAUGCUAGUGCGACCCUCCGACAGUUGCCCGACGUCUGCUCGAGGUUCUCGUCGAAGAGGGCGAUGACGAUGGUGCCGCCCGGUGUGGCCACCAGGUGGCCGCCGCCCUUCUCCUUGGCCAGCACCACACAGUUGAAGCUGUAGUCACCUGACUCAAAAUUGAGGUCCUGAUGGAUGGAUGGAUGGAUGGAUGGAUGGGCGGAUGGCGGAUGACAACACAAGAAGGGAAGAUAAGAUGCACACAGAACACAACACAUGACUUAAAGUCCAUGUGUGUCGGUAGGGUAGGGAGCCUCACUCACUUGUCGGAUGACUUUGUAUUUGACGCCCCCGAACCAGACGCCGUGCGGACAUCGACCCUCAGUGAUCGCCUGCACGACGCGCGGCAUCGAUCGCUGGCUGGCACACGAACGAACACUUUGUGUGUGCAAGCGACUGACUGACCUGUUUGAUGUUGUGUGGCUCGUUGAUGGUGACGGUCUCGGUCGCAUCGCCAGUCUGACAAACACACAGCACACCAAGGCACCACCAUGCCGCCAAAUCGCGUGCGUCGCUCCGUCCCGUUCUCACCUACCUCAUUUGGGAACUCCUCAUCGUGGUCUUCCUUGUACAUGUACGCCCAGCCAGCACUCUCAGCCACAGGGGCAGCCGCAUACACCGCACCGUUCUCCACCUGCACACAACACACGCAGGCACACACAAGCGACAAACGUGUCCGUCUGGCCGGUUCCCUCGUUCGUUUUGUAUUACCGAAGCGAGUCCGCCGGCGAAGCAGUAGCCCGUAUCGACGAGCCACUCCUGGCACAUCUGGUCCCACCCGCUGUCCUCCUCGCCCAUGACGAUGGAGAUGACAGACAGACAACCGCUUCUUGGCGCCUCCGCAGACAACACGCGAGGGGCGCUCGCCUCAGAUCUGUCACGAAGGAGCAGAUACGCUUAUACUUUCUCUUCUCCCGCCCAGAGAGAGCGGUUUUCC